GAUUUGUAAAUACUUUGGAAAAGCGUCACUGAUAGUAUUUUCAUCAACAUCGUAGAUUCCCGAAUCUGUGCAUCGUUCUGGUCAGACGCCGGAAGCAGAGAGACAGAUAGAGACUCAGCCCUCGAACGCCAUGGCCACCGACUUCAAAUCCAUUCCUUUAAUAGAUAUUAGCCCUCUUUUGGCGAAAUGGGAUGAUCCAAACAUGGCGCAAGACCAAGGCAUCACUGGAGUCGUUAAGCAGUUGGACCAAGCUUGUAGAGAAGCUGGCUUCUUUUAUGUGAAGGGCCACGGUAUACCCGAUUCCAUUAUCAAAGAGGUUAGAAAUGUGGCACGCAAAUUCUUUAGUCUGCCUUACGAGGAAAAACUAAAGAUUAAAAUAUCUCCCACAACUGGAUACAGAGGGUAUCAGCGGAUGGGCGAAAAUAUAACCAAAGGCAUCCCUGACAUGCACGAAGCUAUUGAUUGCUAUAGAGAAGUGAAACCGGGGAUGUACGGUACUCUCAGCAAACCUUUAGAAGGUCCUAAUCAAUGGCCGAUUAAUCCUCCAAAUCUAAAGCAACUGAUGGAGGAGUAUAUCAGCCUUUGUACAGAUCUGUCAAGAAAAAUUAUGCGGGGAAUUGCUCUAGCAUUGGGUGCAUCAGCAGAUGAGUUUGAAGGUGAAAGAGCCGGAGAUCCAUUUUGGGUUUUCCGAAUAAUUGGUUACCCUGUUUUAUCCCAUGCAAACGGCAAAGACAUGACAGAAAAUGAUAUUGGAUGUGGAGCUCACACUGACUAUGGUUUGUUGACGUUAGUUAAUCAGGAUGCUGAUAUAACCGCACUAGAGGUGAGAAACCAAUCUGGUGAGUGGAUAUCAGCUCCUCCAGUCCCCGGCACAUUUGUUUGCAACAUUGGUGACAUGCUAAAGAUUUUAACAAAUGGACUCUAUGAGUCAACUUUCCACCGAGUCAUCAACAAAUCUCCAACAUAUCGAGUCUGCGUGGCCUACUUUUAUGAGACGAACUUUGACGCUGCAAUAAAACCCUUGGAUAUUUGUAUAAGACGAACAGGUGGAACUAAGAAGUUUGAAAGAGCAGUUUAUGGAGAGCAUUUAGUUAGCAAAGUAACAACCAAUUUUGUAAAAGAGGAUGAAUUAGAUUCUUGAUCUUUUGACUACCUACUUGUAUCUUUAAGAACCAUUAAAUAAUUCGAAGUUGUGUAAACAGUAUAUCAAAUGGAAUUGAAACAUUGUUCGUUGCUGAGA